UCUGCAGGGAGUCCAUCUAUGGCGGACUGCUCAGACAGUGAAUGAGUAAGCAUUCAAAUACUCAAACUUUUGAAGCAUAUAUCUCAGGCUCCGACAACAAUGGAGGGACUAGUAGUUCAGCUUGUCGAGACGGCAAAACCAGAUAACAAUACCGCGGCGGUUUUGCUGAAACCAGUGAAAGACCUGUGGGACACAUGGAACCUGAGGGUCAUCGUCAUGUUCAGUCUCACCCUCCAAACGAUCCUCAUCUUCUUCGCCCCGCAUCGGAAACGGACCGCCAAGAAGUUCCUCGUCUUCAUCAUUUGGUCGUCUUAUCUUCUCGCCGACUGGUCGGCGAAUUACGCGGUCGGACAGAUCUCCGACAGCCAAGGGAACGCCCCGAAGCCAGGCGAUCCGGCGGAAAACGCCGAGCUUCUUGCGUUCUGGGCACCGUUCCUUCUCUUGCACCUCGGCGGUCCCGACACCAUCACCGCCCUGGCCUUGGAAGACAACGAGCUCUGGCUCAGGCACUUGUUCGGUCUCCUCUGCCAAGCCAUUGCCAGUGUCUACGUGUUCUUGCAGUCAAUACCCAACAGGCUUCAGACACCGCUCAUUCUCAUGCUGCUGAGCGGAGUGAUCAAGUAUUUCGAGAGGACCAGAGCCUUGUACUUGGCCAGUACCGACAGGUUUAAGGAUUCGAUGCUGGGGAAGCCAGAUCCUGGUCCGAACUACGCCAAGCUCAUGGAGGAAUACCAGACCAAGAAGGAUAUGAACAUGCCCACCCAAAUUAUUAUGAUGGAGGAGCCUGAGAAAGGCCUGAAAUCCGACGGGAAAGGCCAGAGAAAGAAGCUGACUGAUCUCGAGGUCGUCCAGUACGCUUACAAGUACUUCAACACCUUCAAGGGUCUGGUCGUCGAUCUCAUCUUCACCUUUCAGCAGCGGGACGAGAGCAUGAAGUUCUUCGACUCUCUCCAGGAAGAAGAUGCAUUGAAGAUAUUGGAGGUGGAGCUCAACUUCAUCUAUGAAGCUCUUUUCACCAAAGUCGAGGUUCUUCAUUCCGGGAUUGGACUCUUUUCUCGCCUUGCGGCCUUUGCAUUUCUUCUGGCUUCCCUUAUCCUCUUCAAGGGGAAGACAAAGAAUGGAUAUGAUGGAUUCGACGUCGGCCUUACUUACGCAUUGCUCAUUGGUGGAAUAGCUCUUGAUGUGAUUGCUAUCCUCAUGUUCUGUUUAUCCGACUGGAUGUUUGUGAGAUUGAGGAAGCUGAAGGAAGAUCCCGACGAGGAAAAGACCACCUGCAUUGGAGGCUGCAUUGACAAAAUCUUCAAUUGGAUCCUCAAACUUAAGGAGCUCAAGUGGAAAAAAGAUGAAUGUUACCAGGAGAAGGGUUCUACCAAGGGGCAUGAGGUGCUCGAUAGAAAAUUUGUGUUCAGGAGAUGGUCUGAGUAUGUGUAUGCAUACAACCUGAUCGGAUGCUGCCUGAGGAUACCCCCCGAGAGAAUCCACCAUACCAAGGGUCUCGUCCACAGCAUCUUCGACAAGAUUAUUAGCUUUUUAUUCGUAGGUCGAGUUUUGAAGUACACCCUCCAUGCAUGUGUCUCCUUUUUCAGAGCUGCAAAAAAGAGAACUCGUAAGAUUUACGAGCAGAUCGACAGUUUGAUGAUUCGAUCCAAGAAACAUAGGGCGGUUUAUUACAGUCUUUACCUUGUCAAGGGGUUCCUCGAUAUCUGGAAGACUAUCUAUCAAUGGCUUGGGAGUUUCAUCGAUUGGUUCCUGGAAUUCUUCAGCAUCACACAGAAGCUUGAGGAGAUCAUGUUUGUAUCUAGCCGUCGACUCACCAAAGAACUGUGGGAGUUCAUAUUCAAGGAAGUGCAAGGUAAAUCCCAUCUCGCAGACAAUCCAGAAAGUGCCAAGAGGGUGUCCUCGGCAAGAGGUGAUUGGACUCUGCGUCAUAUACCGAGCCAAGAUAAAAGGGUGAAGGAAGAAGACCGUGAGAAGCUCCUGCAGUUUGUGACUCAAGUGGAUUAUGACCAGAGCAUUUUGCUGUGGCACAUUGCCACGGAGUUGUUCUACCAAGUGGAAGGAGCCACCGAAGAAAACUACAGCUACCGUGAGUUCUGCAAAAUGCUUUCAGACUACAUGAUGUACCUCCUGAUAAUGCAGCCUACUCUGAUGUCAGCUGUUGGAGGAAUCGGGAAGAUAAGAUUCAGAGACACGUGUGAAGAGGCCUCAAGGUUUCUCCAGAGGAGGCAUAUCGACAUCGGGAGCACAAAAUAUACGGAUGUGGAGAAGAGGAAGAAGUUUACUGACCAAAUUCUCUUGGUAAACACGGAUGUUGAGCCCAUGGAUGUGAAGGGAGAUAGAAGCAAGUCUGCACUUUUUGACGCGAGUAAGCUGGCACAUCAGAUUCAAGAGCAACAGAGAAAAGGGAACGAAGACAUGUGGAAGGUGAUGAGCAAAGUGUGGGUGGAGCUGCUUUGCUAUGCAGCAACUCAUUGCAAUGCUGAACAACACGCAGCUCAGCUAAGCAAAGGUGGCGAACUCAUCAGCUUCGUAUGGCUAUUGAUGGCUCAUUUUGGCCUCGGAGACCAAUUCCAAAUCACCAAGGGGGAUGCCAGAGCAAAACUCAUCGUGGGCAAGUGAUAUCACAUGCACCGAAUACACCGGCAUAAUCAGAUUGUGUUUGUCAUCAAUAUUUUCAGGGUUUUGUGUUCAGCUUUCAGUUUUAUGUUUCAUGUUGAACAAAUCUGCAUUACCCACAUCCAUGCACCCCAUGAAAUCACUGAACAUUCAUUUUCUAGAUGCUUAUGAUCCUCUUACAAGAA